AUUUUUUUUCCUCUUUAUAUCGCCUUUCCUUCCUUCACUUUUUUUCUAACUAUCCCAAUAGCAACUUCACUUGCUCUCUCCUACUUCUUUCUUGGCAACUCUCCUCAUAUCCAUUGAUUUUUAUUACACACACAAUUUCCUUUUAUCGUCUACUUUCUUGUUUUUUUCCUGUCCAUUUGUCACCAUUUAUAUAGUGCUUAGUUCUUACUUACUCAUCUCAAAUUAAAUACAACCUAUUUGUCAUCAUUUUAAGUUUCACAAAAUGGAAAAAGUUAAAGCUUUGGAGAAAAAGAAACUGAUCAGUGAGUUAACACAAGGAAAGGAAUUUUUAAUUCAGCUGAAAAAACAGCUUGGUCCAUUGGCUUCCCCUGAAGAAUGUGAUUUACUACUUGGGAAAAUAUUGUCUACACUUGAAAAAUCAUUGUCAAUUCUGAAUUUGAAGGCACUUCUACUUGAUGGUGGAAUUAAUGCUAAUAACUCUACAUCUUCAUGUUCAUCAAUUUCAUUUCUUGGUAAUAAUCAUAGUCCCAAGAGUGAAGUUUUGGAUUCUUCAGUGGAUCAAUUGGAUAAAAAUAUUGUCUCCAAGAAGAGAAAGAAAUCACAACAAUGGACUAAUCAAAUUAGCAUUUCUGGAACUGGACCUGAAUGUCCACAUGAAGAUGGAUACAGUUGGAGAAAAUAUGGCCAAAAAGAUAUUUUAGGUGCUAAUCACCCAAGGGCUUAUUAUCGAUGCACUCACAGGAAUACACAAGGGUGCUUGGCAACAAAACAAGUCCAACGAUCAGAUGGAAACUCAUCAGUCUUUGAGGUCACAUACAAAGGAAGGCACAGUUGCAAAGUUGCACAAUCAGAUAUCUUUUCACUUGAAAACCAAAAACGCCAAAAACACAACAAAAAACAAGAACAAGCCAUGGUAAUAUUCGACUCUACACCAAACCAUAAAGUUGAAAACUUUAGCAUCACAACAAAAGAAGAAGUUUUCACCCCUUUUUCAUUUCCUCCUACACCACUAAACCUUGAAAAUAUUGAAGAAACAAAAUUAUUUUCCGAUUCCAUGGCACCAUUUUCAUCUCCAAUAAUGUCAGAAUUGCCCUCGUACUUGUCCAUGUUGACAUCCCAAAAUGACGAAUUUGGAAUGGACCAAAUUCUCCAGAGCUCGGAUUCGGAUCUUACUGAAUUGAUCUCAACACCAACUUCGAUUUCUAAUUCCACAUUUGGUAGAGACUGGGAUUUGUCUGUGGAUUUUGAACCUAAUGUCACAUUUGACAUUGAAGAAUUCUUCAGUAAUUAGAGAUUAGAAACCCCCCUUGCAAGUUUGUAAUAGCAGCAAGUUUUGCGCAAUAAUUAUUUGUAUUUUUUUUAGCCAAAUUGAUCCUAGCUAAAGUCAAUUGACUGAUGUUUAGAGAAAUAGCUAGUAAAAGUUAACGUCGAUGCAUUCGUGUUUGUAAUUACAAGCUUUGUUAAUUGAAAUUCGAGUUAUGCGUUAGCAUCA